UUACCAUGAGAUGAACGAUUUCGAGCACCAUAUUCGAGUACUGAAGUUGGUUUUCCCUCCACCUAAGCAUGAGCUUCUUCGAUUCCGAGUCCCGCCAUUCUUUGAGAAUGCUUUACCUCGGAGGAAGACUCUUCUCUCGUUCUUGUUCUUCUCAAGCCCAGCAACACAAGCCGCUUGUCCGGAAGACAUUCUUCGGACCGAACGCCAAGGACGGGAUCGUGCAUCGCUUAUGCAAGGAAAAGAAAUUCAAGGAAGCCAUGGACAUCCUGUGCGACCAGAAGCGUUUGAGAGAUGCGAUCCGGUUGCUGGAUCGGAUCGAACGCCCCUCUGCUUUAGUAUACUCGACGCUCCUGCAGUUUUGCCUCAAGCAGCGAGACCUUGGAGCUGGCAAAAUGGUUCAUGCCCAUAUGGGUAAAGCCGGGUUCUUGCCCGGGGUUGUCAUUUCUAACCGGCUCAUCGACUUGUACACGAAAUGCGAUAGUCUGGUCGAUGCCCAGAAGACGUUUGAUGAAAUGCCUCACAGGGACCUUUGUUCUUGGAAUACUAUGAUAUCUGGGUAUGCGAAAGCUGGUCGACUUUCGAAUGCCAGGAGAUUGUUUGAUGAAAUGCCGGAAAGAGACAAUUUUUCGUGGACGGCGAUGAUGUCCGGUUAUGUUCGCCAUGACAUGCCCAGAGAGGCGAUUGGACUGUUUAGAAUGAUGCAAAUGCUUGAAAUUUCGAUGUUGAACAAGUUCACUUUUUCCAGUGCUCUUGCUGCAGCUGCAGCUAUUCCGUGUUUACGCCUAGGAAAAGAGAUUCAUGGUCAUAUAUUGAGACUGGAGUUGGAGUCGGAUGAGGUUGUUUGGAGUGCUUUAUCUGAUAUGUAUGGAAAAUGUGGGAGUGUGGAGGAGGCUAAGCACAUUUUCGAUAGGAUGAUGGAUAGAGAUGUUGUCACAUGGACAGCAAUGAUAGAUCGAUACUUUGGUGAUGGGAGGAUCGAAAAGGGUUUUAUGUUGUUCUCCGAAUUGAUGUACUCUAGGAUUAGGCCAAAUGAGUUCACAUUCGCUGGGGUUUUGAAUGCAUGUGCUGAUCAUUCAACAGAAGAGGUUGGUAAGCAAGUCCAUGGGUACAUGAUGCGUAGUGGGUUUGAUCCAUUUUCAUUUGCGGCAAGUGCCCUUGUCCACAUGUAUUCCAAGUGUGGAAAUAUGGAGAGCGCAGAGAGAGUGUUUAAAGGGAUGGCACACCCAGAUCUAGUUUCUUGGACGUCACUGAUAGUUGGAUUUUCUCAGAAUGGUCUUUCCGGAGAAGCUAUUAAAUAUUUUGACAUGUUGCUAGAAUCAGGUAUUCGGCCUGAUCAUGUCACUUUUGUCGGGGUUCUUUCUGCUUGUACUCAUGCUGGGUUAAUAGAUAAGGGUCUCGAAUAUUUCCACUCAAUUACUGAACAGCAUGGACUGACGCAUACUCCUGAUCAUUAUGCUUGUAUAGUUGAUUUGUUAGCCCGUUCAGGCCGUUUUAAAAAAGCUGAAGAGAUCAUUAGCACAAUGCCAAUGAAACCUGACAGAUUUUUGUGGGCAUCAUUGCUCGGGGGCUGCAGAAUUCAUGGAAGCAUGGAACUGGCAAAACGAGCAUCCAAGGAAUUAUUCGAGAUUGAGCCCGAGAAUCCAGCUACUUACAUCACUAUGGCAAAUAUGUAUGCUACAGCUGGUAUGUGGGAUGAGGUUACAAAAAUCAGAAAGAUUAUGGAAGAUAGAGGAGUGGUGAAAAAACCAGGUUUUAGCUGGACUCAGAUCGAGAGAAAGCAACAUAUUUUCUUAGUUGGAGAUACAUCCCAUCCGAAAUCGAAUGAGAUACAUGAAUUUUUGUUGGUGAUUUCCAAGAGGAUGAAAGAGGAAGGAUACGUGCCUGACACAAAUUUUGUGCUACAUGACGUGGAGGAGGAGCAAAAAGAGCAAAAUCUUGCCUACCAUAGUGAGAAACUUGCAGUUGCUUAUGCUAUUCUUUCGACCUCGCCAGGAACUCCCAUCAAGGUGUAUAAGAACUUAAGAACAUGUGUAGACUGCCACACUGCUAUUAAAUUCAUCUCAAAGAUUAUGGCGAGGAAGAUUAUAGUGCGCGACUCAAAUCGUUUCCAUUGCUUUGAGAAUGGGAUUUGUUCAUGUGGCGAUUAUUGGUGACUAGAAAAGUUACAGUAUGCCAAGCAUCUGCACGGUUGUUAUGAAGAUGUCCUGGGAGUCUUCCACCAAGAAUCAGAUCUUCUUGUUAAACAACUUCAUGUUGAUACCAGAGAUUGCUGUUGCAUGAAAUUUAAAUGACCUAUCCCAGCGAGGUUUCCUUGUUCACUCAAAUUAUCCUGGUAAAUGGAUAUUCAGAAAGGUGGUUGCCAUAAAAAAAUAAGGCAUCCUCCAACGGGAAGUUCUGGGAUUAGUGACGUCAAUCAGGUAGCCAGAAUGCAAAUGCAGUUUUUAAUUCGAAGAGAUUUGGCGAUGUGUCGACUAUUGAGGUCAACUUGCUUUUCUCUAGUCCACCACAGCAGCAAGAUAAGAGCACUUGCCAAUGUUGACGUAUGAAAAACACAAUCUUCAGGGCAACCAAGAAAGCUUGCAUCUUGAUAGCUGAUAUAUUUCAUUUUAUUGCCUUUUGCUGGCUAGAUGUUCGAAAGAGUAUCUUAGAGCAUCCAUAAGCUUUUCAACAUUACUCAAAUAUACUAGCACUGCACUUGGAACCAAGAAGAUUCCUCCCCUCAACAUCACCACAUCAAGGAACGAAAAUUUAAGGUAGAUACCUACUCAAUUCCUCCUGUCGACAUCACUGCUCAGCUCUCUCACCCUAGUUUCUGGACCUCUACUUGCUGGUCCAGCAGUUGAAGUAGACUGAUGAAGGAAACAAGCUAGAACCUACAGGUGAUGCACUGUGCUUGGCAAACCGGAGUAUAUCCUAGCAGAGAAAGAUUUGAAAUUUAUAGCGAGUUGACAUAUUAGUGAGUUUUAUACAAGAUGAAUUAUAUGUAUCAUGAUUGUUCUUGAAUAAUUCUAUUGUGCAACACAGCGUUGCUCAUCAGAGCGACCAAUGCCGAUGCUCCCCUAAAGCUGACUGAUCAUCUGAAACCAUAUGCUAAAAUGCUUAAAGAAAUCUCAGGAUGCUCAAUGUUCAUGCUGCUUCAUAAUCUGUUAACUUGCAGUCGUGGCCUAGCACCGGUAUAGCGUGCCCCAGUGGUUGGGACUCGCUAAAUUCAAUUAAUACGUGGUGGAGUGUUCAAUUCCCCUCUUGGGGCACGUAUCCACAUCUCAUCCCGGAAGUGGGGGAUGGGGCAACUCACCUGCACCGAGUGGUUCUAUGCAGCCCAGGACCUGAGAGGGUGGCGGGUUUUCCCUGGUUAUCGAAAAAGGGAGGACAGAGAACAAAUCUGCAGCUGUUGGUGGAACUUCAAGAUCAAGAAUGCUACGUUGCAGUCUCCGCUAACUUUAUGAAGGUUAGUUGAAGCGCAUUGUUGGUUGAUCAUCUGGUCAUUUAUAAAGAGUGAGGGGUUAGAUGAUGAAUGACCUUAUGAUUUAUCCGUAUUAAGUUACCAUUAAGUUUGCAGGAGCAAUGUUCUUAUUUCUAGUUAUCAGAUCAACCAGAUUGGAGUAAAGCAGUGUCUUUUCUAUGAGGAGAUUUACGAUGAUUUAUAUGGAGUAACUCCAAGAGAUCUAUACCUUUCCGCUUUUAAUUCUCCUAACUAGCUAGUAAGACUAUCUGCAAUGUUCGUGCUUUUACGAUGCAAGAUGAAUUAUGGUUAGAGCGAGAUGAUGUUGCUUCUUCGUGUGA